AUGGAGAACGCACAGGCACCCGUCUUCGCGCCGUUCUUCGGCAUGAGCGGUAUUGCCUUCGCCAUGAUCUUCGGAUGUGCCGGCGCUGCCUAUGGCACGGCAAAGUCGGGCAUUGGCAUCGCGGGCGUGGGGACGUACAGGCCAGACCUGAUCAUGAAGUGCUUGAUCCCCGUCGUCAUGUCCGGUAUCCUAGCGGUCUACGCCCUCGUAAUAUCCGUCCUCAUCGCGAACGACAUACGGCCGCCGCCAACUAAGAAUUACUCUUUGUUCGCCGGCUUCAUGCACAUGGCUGCUGGCUUGUCCGUGGGUCUGGCUGGUCUGGCGGCGGGCUAUGCUAUCGGCAUUGUGGGGGAUGUGGGCGUGCGGGCGUACAUGCGGCAGUCGAGGAUCUUUGUCGGCAUGGUGUUGAUUCUCAUUUUCGCGGAAGUCUUGGGACUGUACGGACUCAUUGUUGCUCUCAUUCUCAACACCAGGGCGAGCGGUUGA